AUGCUCCCACUGCUGCACCCCGCCCUGCUGCUGCUCCUGGGCGCCACGCUGACCUUCCGGGCGCUCCGGCGCGCGCUCUGCCGCCUGCCCCUGCCCGCGCACGUGCGCGCCGACCCCCUGCGCACUUGGCGCUGGCACAACCUGCUGGUCUCCUUCGCCCACUCCAUCGUGUCGGGGAUCUGGGCUCUGCUGUGUGUAUGGCAAACCCCCGAGAUGCUGGUAGAGAUCGAGAUGGCUUGGUCGCUAUCUGGCUAUCUGCUCGUUUGCUUCUCCGCAGGUUAUUUCAUUCAUGACACGGUGGACAUCGUGGUCAGUGGCCAGGCUCGAGCUUCUUGGGAAUACCUGGUCCAUCAUGUCAUGGCCAUGGGUGCCUUCAUAUCUGGCAUCUUUCUGGGCCGCUUUGUAGGUGGGGGUGUCCUGACACUGCUGGUAGAAGUCAGCAAUAUCUUCCUCACCAUUCGCAUGAUGAUGAAGAUCAACAAUGCCCAGCAUCUCCUCUUCUACAAGAUCAAUAAGUAUGUCAACUUGGUCAUGUACUUCCUCUUCCGCCUGGCCCCUCAGGCCUACCUCACCUACUUCUUCCUGCAAUAUGUGGGUCAGAGGAGCCUGGGCACCUUCCUGCUGGGUAUCCUGAUCAUGCUGGACAUCAUGAUCCUCAUCUACUUUUCCCGCCUCCUCCGCUCGGACUUCUGCCCUGAACGUCUGCCCAGCCCACAACACAAAGACAAGUUCUUGACAGAGUGA